AUGGGAAAGAUUACCAAGACAAUGCAGCCCAAGCAUAGGGAGACUCUGUCCCCCUGGCUCAAGGACUUUGUGCAAGCCGCCUCAACGGUGCCUUUGCCAGAACUUCCACGACGACUCGACACCUUCCCCGUAGCGAGGUGGCCCCUGCCCCGUGGUGAUCUAUACCACUGGAUUCCCCUGCUGAAUAGAUUCGACAACAUACUCGAGUGCUUCAACAAGGUCUAUCAGCUACACGAAGGCCCACAGACACGUGAUUUCGGCUGUGAUGUCUUGCUUGGUCGUGGCACACGUGUCGACGAGUACGGCUCGGAUGGGUGGGACGAGGAGAAACUGAGAGCACUGGGCUACGAAGAGUUUGGCGAUUCUCAGCUCGUACAGGCCGUCCUGCAGUUUACCAGGCGGUUGCUGAAUCACUGUGGCAAUCGGAGCAUCUAUGCCAGCAGCUCUCACCUGAAUGACCUUCUGAACAGCACUUGUCUGUCUGUCAUUCAGGCCACAUUGGAGGUUGGAUUGGAGCUUGCUCAGCGUUACCAGGCGUCUGUCAAGCGUAUGACGCAACCGUCGCGUCAAGUCAGCAAUGCUCUGCUUGCCAACCACUACAACAUUGAACUUGACCGUGUUCAGCAAGUCGCACAGUCCUUUGUGAAGACUCCGAUCAUCAACUUGGCAGACUCUUCUGCGCAUUCCACCCCUGCCUCGACAAGCAAGGGCAAGGAGAAGGAUAAGGAUAAGGUCCAGGCCUCAGCCUCCAAGAACGCAGCCUCCAUGAUCGCAAAUGAUCUCGGGUCUGUGGUUUCCUCGGACGACGGCUCAGACGGUCGUUGGAAGGGCUGGGGUGAUCUGAAGGUGGUUUACUACCCGAGAGUUGAGGGCGAGCCAGCACCACAAGUAUCGAACGAUCGCAUCAACGCAUCCGCCCCAACCACACCCACUCCGUUGCGACGCAGCACUACCAUGGGGACUCCACACCAGACACCACGCGGCGCCAGAGCUGCACAAAGCUCCGAUGACAGCCCUUCGCCGGCCCAGCACUCUCCAGCCGUGAAUGCCGAAGGAGUGUCGAGCUCCAGUCAAAAGUCUGUUGAGAUUCCGCAGAGCGCUGUGGCCUCUUCAUCGAUCUACGACCUUUUGAAGCGCACUCCUUCAGACAUGCCCAAAAACUCCCAAUACGAGUUUCUGAAUCGCUCACGAAUAUGCAAGGCUCUGCUCGGUGGCACAGAAGCACGUCAGCGGGCUCUGGCCGUCCGGCUCCUGGCUAUUGCGAACUUGGCCUACAUUCAUCCAGAAUUCGUGUUCUUGGAGCAGGUUCUGAAGCAGGACAACGAUGAACCACGGCGCUACCACCUGGUCUAUCAACUGGUGGAGCUCAUUCACCCGUCUACACCUGGCCAGACGGCUGCUCCGCGUUCCUUGCAGCAGAUCGCACUGUCUUUGCUGGAGGCCAUUUCCCACUUCAACGCAAAGUAUCAAGACGUGAUCUCGGCGUUGAAUGCCACCGUGAAUCAUGGCGUUCUUUUGUACGUCAUCCGGAAGGCAGUUGCCGAGAUGAAGGAGGAAACCGAGCAACCGAAUGGCAAAUCGAUCGAGUUGGACGACUGGCGAGACAGCCUGUUCUCUCUCGCGCUGCACCUCGCCAUGAACGGGCGUGUGGGUGGCGAGAUGAUUAACGCUGGAUUCAUGGAUGUCCUCGUGAGCAUUAUCAACAUGCGGACGACAGUGGCGGAACGGUUGCACAGCACUGCCGUUUCCUACGUGGAUGCGCUCGUGCUCAACUACGCGCCAGCCGCAUUCAACUCGUUUAUAAGCGCCAGCGGUUUGGAUGCCAUUGCCCAGCUGAUGAUCGAUGCAACAUCUUCAGCCAAGAGUCUCGCAGAGGCCGGUCAUGGAACAAAGCCCGAAUUCUACUCUAGUGUUGUGGACUACGAGAUACCCUAUGUCCAACAGCAGACUCUGAAGUGGCUGCUGAAGUUUAUUCACCACAUCAUGAACCCGAGCAACUUUGCCCAGAAUACCAAUACGGAUCGACUGUUGAGGAACCUCGUGGACAACUCAAAGCUUCUCGGAAGUUUGCGAACUAUCAUGGAGAACACGAAGGCUUUCGGGUCCGUGGUUUGGACAAACUCCAUUAAUCUGCUGACCGACUUCAUCAACAACGAUCCGACCAGCUUUGCCGCCAUCUCCGAAACUGGCAUGGUCAAGAGCCUUCUGGAAUCCCUCACUGGCCGGGAGGUCUCGACAGACCCAGCAGCCGAAAGGAAAGAUGACGAGCAGCCGAGUGAAGAGAGCGGCCCACCUGCCGAGGAGUCCGUCGUCCUGCCUUCAGAUGAACGCCCACAUCCUCCGAGCCAGGAAACGCUUCGAGCCCAGCGACCUACUCCGCUGGCUUGUGGAAUCCUGCCAUCUUCGGAAGCCACUGCUGUCAUAAUCCCCGUUAUCAACUCGAUCUGUCUCAACAAUGUCGGACUGCGAUUGGUAGCAUCCUCGCGUGUUCUCGAGAGCUUCCUGGAGGUCUUUGAGAGCCCAGAACACGUCCGGAUCAUGGGCAUCGAUGCCGAUCUUGCUUACAACAUUGGGCUUCAAUUUGACGAGCUCGCUCGACACCACCCCGCUCUGAGACAGACGGUUGCGAACGCUGUCAUAGAUAUGAUUUCGAGGAUCAAACACUUGGGCACAUCGAAGGCGGAAAACGCUGGUUGGGGAGCUAAGCUGUUCGCGACUGACCUCGAAGGCAAGGUUGUCCAUGCUGACCACUCCCUGUUGCAAAGAGCCGGUGUCGAGGUGCCGUCGAAGAAGGGCAAGGAGGCGGCCACAUCCGCUGAAGAUGUCGAAAUGACAGACAUCGCCGGAUCCAUUCAGGACUUAUCAUCUCAACAGACUGACUCCUCGCCUGCGCCCAAGAUACCCGAAAGCAUUACUCCCUACAUUAACGCUCUUGCGUCGUUUUUGAACGCAUACAUCAGCAACUCCAGUCUGAGGACAUCCUUGACGAAGAGCGGUGGCAUCGAGUACUUACUGGACAUUAUGGUCCUGCCGAGCCUGCCCCACGAAUUCGCUGAUUCUACUGCCUUGGGACUGCUGCAACAAGUCCUCGCCAAUAUCAUCGAGCAUGCCCCAGUCGUCGGCAUGCCCUCGUUACUGAAUCGCAUACGGGCCACCAUGACGUCCCUGACACCGUUGCUGUCCAGCUCUCCAUCCCCUUCAUUCUUCCGACCUUUUGUGGAGCCUGGUUCCACUUUGGGACAAAACGAAGCAGGCGUUUGGAAUGUCGACCUUGUUCGACAGGUCUCCAGCGGCACAGAUGUUGCGAAAGCACUCCUGAACAUCCAAUCCCUCCUGAAGACCCUCUGGAGCUGCUUCCCUUACCAAAGCCGUCAUUCAUCUGUUUCCUUGCCUACGGUCAACGUGUACGACCACUUCCACGAGGUGGUCAGGUCCUUGGGACCUUUGCUGCGCGUCGUUCUUUCGGAAGAGAUAUCCCUGAUCACCCUUGUGCCGCAGCACUGGACUGCACGAAAACUGGCGAACGUACGUCCUGGCAGCCCCAGUGAGUUGUUGAUGGGCGAGCAGGACAUAUCAUUCGCGCAAAUGCUUGGUGGCGCUGGGCUCAACCUUCCUGCCGAUCAGUUAGACUCGAGUCGACAGAACCGCCCUUCGACAGAGGAGCAAUCAACUGCUCAGUACCAGAACUACCAGAUUUUAAGAGUCCUAUUGCAGUCCCUCAUGCCGAGCGCUUACUCCUUCUUCCAAACCCUGGGCAAGGCGCUCAUGUCACGUCGGGAGCGAGAGAGCUAUCCGAGAGCCAAGCACAUGCAAUUGGCCGACGCUCUGGCCGAGACAGUACUGGAUCAACUGGAACCGUUCAUCGAUAGGAGUCUCUCCAAGUCCGAGCUCCAGUAUUGCAUCAUCAUGUUGCACAUCAUACAUGAAAUGCUCGUCGACUCUACUCGGCACAGUGAUCGGCCUGGGUCUAGUGUGAUCGUGCCCGUCCUCGAUGCAUUCAAACAGCGCCGUGGCUUCGACAUCCUCAAUAAGCUUAUCAAUGUCUUCGCAGAAGAGGUCACCAAGGAACGCGACGAGUCAGAAGAGGCGUCUGCCACUGCUAAAUUAGCAUCAAUCGGUGCCAAGAAGAUCCUCGAUCUGUACUCCGUGGUCGUGAACGGCAAGAACCUUGCGGACUCCAUUCAGCACCUUAAUGUGGGCAGUCGAUCUUCUAGCAACCGGCAAAAUGAGUGGUUCCAGACUAUUAAUCAAUUUGUGGUCGAGGUUCGAAUGUCGGUGCUUCCCACGGUCUCGAACCUGUGGCGCUCGAAUCUGAUCGACAAGGCUUCCACGGACGUCGUUGGCAAAGUUGUAGACAUUCUCAAGACGAUCUGCCAGGCAGAAACUGAAGGCUCCGCAUUGCGCAGAAGCGAGCUGGCAAAGGCUGUACCUUUGUUCAAGCGGGAGCAGGCGACAUUCGCGUGGAGCCUAUAUACACCUCAGACCGCACGCGUGGCCGAGGAAUAUCCCGAGGACCUGGCGCGCGAAGCAGUGUAUCGUGCUGUCGGGAACCAGGAGAACGCGAGCGAAUAUUGCAGGAUGCACCUGAGGGGACUUGCAGGAGAGUUGAACCCAAUCCCUUCUGAGGACGCCUUUCAGGUCACGUCCCCAGCAGCAAACGGCUCAGCGAGCCAGACUCCGGCCUCCUCUCGCAGCUCCGACCUCCUACGGGAAGCAAUGGUCGUGGACUCCGAGCCCGAGCUUGCGCAGCUCAUUGGUGAUGCGCUUGCAGGGCGCGGUGUAUCUUCCGACCCCAGAGAGAGCGAGGCUCCCGCUCAACAAGACGAUGACGGGUCUUCUUCCACCCCUGUGGCUGCUCCUCCGACUGCGGGCGGCACCUCUUCGGACAACACGGAGCAAGAACCUGCCGAUCGGCCACUGGUGUGCAAGGAAGAUCUCGAUGCGGAGCGAGAGAAGCUGCAUAAAGAUCUCAUUGACCGGUGCCUGGAUGUCAUAAGAGCACACCCGAACUCAGUUUUUGAGGUCUCUGAGCUAAUCAAUGUCACAAUUGACCGUCAGGAUAAUGAAGAUGCGCGCGAGGAGGUUGGCGAGACCUUGGCGAAUGCGUUGAUGUCCUACGCCUUGACGACGAAGAGAAGACUACGAACGGUCGGAGCAUAG